AUGGGUUAUGUGAACAUAAAGCUGCUGACAUCUUUUAAAAAGAUGAAGCAUCUAACCAAAGACUGGCGAGUCACAGCCUACGCCCUAAAUUACUCCUCCAAACUAGAAGUCAACAAGGAGGGCAACAAGGUCCGUCGCAAAGACCCAGUCUCGGAGUCCCUCUUGGUUCAGGUGCCCAGCAGAAUUCUGUUCGUGUGGAACAUCUCUGCUGCGCUGACCUCUAGUGGUAAUGGUGGAAAUGAAGACGUCCCUGCACCCCAGACGAGCACGAUGGAAACUGCCAUCACUCUCCUGGAGCCCUUUGGAAGCAUCUGCACAGUGAGGGUGUUCCGGCCGGGGAAGGAGCUCCCACCAGAAGUCCAGAGGUUCGCCUACAGGUACCCUGAGCUGUGCUCCCAGGAAAGUGUUCUGGUAGAGUAUGAGGACUUGGAAGGCGCCGGCAGAGCCUACCACCAGCUGUCCCAGUCCGAGGACUCUGUGAGAGUCGUCCUGAUCGGGAGGACGUCAAAGAAGAAAGCAGGCCAUAAGUUGGGAAGCUGUGUUGAGGAGAGAGGUGCCGGUAAAGGUGCAUCAAUCGCCAACCGCUGCUUGGAGCAGCUCCAGUUCCGAGGGAACGACUCUUUGGCGUGGAGUUCGUCCGGCGAAUCCGAGGUGGCCUCUCCGCUACACAUGCCUCGGUUCUCCUCGGGCCAGGUAUGCAGGAGCCCCUGGGACAGCCCUCGCUCCAGCCCCUACCACAGCCCCAGGGUCCUCCGGGCACCUCUGCCCGCCCCUCCGCGGGUCUCCCCGCUCCUGGCCUCCGAGAUGUGGAGGAGCCCCGACACCAGCCCGGAUCUCAGUCGACGCAACUAUGACAACUCGUCCGAUAGCAGCAGCCUCUGGUUCCAGAGGCGUAAACUGGCUGCGGUGCAAGCAUCCUCCCUGGAUGACAGCAACAGCAGUAUGCAGGGUAGUCUGGGUAUUAAGAGGGUCCUAAUGGGGGAUUCCCUGCCCCCUGGGGUCAUCCGGUUCCCCUACGGGCCAGAUGGGACAAGAGGAUUUCCCAGCUCCAUCGUAGGAAGAACACUUCAGUACACCCUCAAGACAUGA